AUGGCUACUCCGAGGAAUGAGCCAAAAACCCCUGGAGGAGACCCAACCGCGUUUACCGCCCCACCUACUCUCCAGGAUACUCCUGAGGAAGGGCCUUCCCGACCCAAACCAACGGCUGAAGAAAUACAAGAGUUUGUCCGUGCCAACUUCCAUGAGUUGGAGCGCCUGCUCCAAAACAACAGACAGGACGAUAGAGGGAAGGAGCCAAUGGAUCCGAAGGAAAAGAGGAGAACCUCUUUUCCAGAUCCUAGCAGUAGCUCCUCCGGGCAGGGUGAUGAAGAAUCUGGCCCACAAAGGAAUAGAUCCCCCGCACACAGAAUUGUCAGAACGACGUCUUCCGGUAGCCGACAAGGGAGGCGAUAUCAUUCGUAUACUCAUUACGGGUCGAUGAAGUAUGGAGGAAACUUGCCUUUCUCUUCAGAAAUAGAGAAGUUCACAGCAGGGCAAAAGUUUAAAAGCUCCCAAAACAUAGGUGUGUACGACGGGAGCUCAGAUCCGGAUGACCACCUAAAUAAGUGUUCGUUCUUGGACAAAGCUGGAAGAAGCAUUCUGCCUACACUUCCUGCCACAGAAGAAGUUCCGAAAAGCUCGAGAAGAGCUAUUCACUAUCAGGCAAAGGGAUCAGGAGAUGCUACGUGCUUACGUGGAGUGUAUUGCAGAGGAGAGUGCACAAACAGGAUCCCGAAUGGUCAGCUUGGCAAGUUUGCUUUGGAAGCGAGGAAGGGUGAUAGAAAUUCUCGGAAGGAGGAUCGCGUGGCUGAUACUUUUGGAAAGGAUAGACGAGGGCAGUAUAACUGGAACAGAAACCGUGACGUAGAGAGGCCCAAUCGGGAGGUCAACCAAGUUGUAACAGGAGACAUCUUGAGCAUCAUAGGAGGGCCAGCCGGAGGUGACUCGGAAUCACAAAGAAAAGCUCGAUGUGGGAAGGUCCCAGACAAAGACACCAACAACCGGAGGCUUAAGCCUUCCAAAAUGAUCACCUUCUCCUAUGAGGAUCUCGUUCCGGAACGCCAGGUGGGAGCAGAUGCUGUUGUCAUCCGUGGAAGGAUUACGAAUAAAUUUGUCCAUAGAAUCUAUGUGGACGGAGGAAGUUCAGCAGAAAUCAUGUACUGGCAUUGCUUCGUUCAGUACGGGGAAGGCGUCCGAAGGAUGAUGCGGAUGGUGAACACCCCUUUGGUGGAUUUUGCUAACCGUACCAUAUAG